AAUUAAUCUGAAGAAAAUUGCAAAUUUAUCUAACUAGAAAAGACUUGAAUAAGCAAAAAAGAAUUUCAAACAUAUUUCAAAAUAAUAUCACAUUAUUUUUUUCAAUAAUUACAUCCUCAAGUUCAAAGGUCACGGCCAUUGUCUAUCCUCGGCAUUUGAUCUUGAGUUCAGUUUUGCUUAUUUGUUGAUCGUUUCACUGUUCACACACAUUCCUGAUCGUGAUAACAAAAGAUUAAAACAAGGGGAAGUACUACCGUUAGGAGCAUGUCGACGCCGAAAAGAAUUUGCAUCAUAGGGUCAGGAAAUUGGGGCUCUGUUAUCGCAAAAAUAGUCGGAAACAAUGUGAAGGACAAUGGUAAUUUUGUAACAGAAGUGAAGAUGUAUGUGUAUGAAGAAAUGAUAAAUGGACGCAAACUCACAGAAAUCCUCAAUACAGAUCAUGAAAAUGUGAAAUAUCUACCAGGACACAAAAUACCAGAAAAUGUCAUAGCCAUAGCUGAUCCAAAGGAAGCUGCCAAAGAUGCCGACAUCUUAGUCUGGGUUUUACCUCAUCAGUUUGUUAGGGGAAUAUGCAAAGCUCUAGCUGGUAGUGUAAAAAAAGACUGCAUCGCUAUAUCACUUAUAAAAGGUUUAGAUAUCAGUGAAAAAGGUCUAGACUUGAUCUCUAAUGUGAUUCGGGAACAACUGGGAAUAGAAUGUAGUGUAUUAAUGGGGGCUAACAUCGCACCAGAAGUCGCAAAUGAGAAUUACUGUGAAGCAACUAUAGGUUGUAAAAAUCGUGAAAUGGGUCUCUUACUAAAGAGCAUGGUCCAAACUCCAUACUUCAGAAUAGUUGUAAUAGAUGAUGAACAUACUGUUGAAUUAUGUGGUGCUUUGAAGAAUAUUGUAGCUGUUGGUGCAGGGUUUGUGGAUGGGCUAGGCUAUGGGGAUAAUACAAAGGCAGCUGUCAUCAGGCUAGGACUUAUGGAGAUGGUUAAAUUUGCAGAGACAUUUUAUCCAGGCUCAAAAAUGGACACAUUCUUAGAGAGUUGUGGAGUUGCUGACUUGGUUACCACAUGUUACAGUGGAAGAAAUAGGAGAAUUGCAGAGCAAGUUGUCAAAACAGGAAAAGAUAUCAAAACCUUAGAGAAGGAGUUACUGAAUGGUCAGAGUCUGCAAGGUCCACCUACAGCUGCUGAGGUUAACACAAUGCUCUGUCAAAAAAAUAUGGAAGAAAAGUACCCUCUCUUCACAGCAGUGCACAAGAUUUGCAAGGGAGAGUUAAAACCAAUAGCCUUCAUAGACUGUCUCAAGAAUCAUCCAGAGCACUUAGAUGAUGACAUGCCAAGCCCUGCUCAGCUAUAACCAGAUACCAGCAUGCAUAG